AUGCCCUACCGCCGCUUUGCACCUCUUCCCCUCUCAUGCUCACUGCUCCCUCAUUUCUUUGUGCUCUCCAUUCUCGCGCAGUCGUUUUUCCUUGCGGCAGCCGCACCGGACCACAUCAUCAAAACUCAGCGAAAAUAUGAACUCCGGUUCCUCCUUCUUCUGGGUGCUAAACCAAAAACGGCUUCAUCGACAGCCGACGUUCAACUCAUGUACUAUUUAAUAUUCCGCGAGAAAGCUACGUCAAGAAAAAUCUGGUCAGGGUUAGAACCCAUCGGCAAUGUU